GGUUCCUUUGGUGCUUGACACCCAGAAUCAUGGCCAGGAUCAACCCUAGUGGAGUCACUUAAGAGUGUGCACACUAUGUAGCUCUGCUGGUUUGCUUGCUCCCAGAACACCUUGGGCCUGGGCCUCCCAUCUGACUGAGGCUUCUGAGUGUGACAGCAAGGCCCAGCUGUGGGGCUACAGCAGCUUUUCCCAAUUGCAACUUUCUAGGCAGGAGCAGUUCCAGGGAUUUGUAAACCAAGUCCUAAUCACUGUCACUUUGGAGAUUUAAGCUAGACUACCUGCCACAGCUGUGAGGGACACAGCCUAACUCCCUCUGUGAUGGACUCGAGAGGCCACAAGAAGCCCCGCCGGCAUAAGAAAAACAAAAUCAAGACCCAGGAGAGACUGAUCAAGAAAUUUCCUUACAGGUUACCUCAUUUGACGGAGACUAGCCCAUCAUCCCCACAAUCUUGGAAGGUCAAGAGCAACUCACUGAAGGACAAGCUGCCCUUACAGAAGAAUCUGGUGCCAACACGGUCCAUCCCCAUCCCAGGGCUCGGCGCUCCGGAAGUCACAUGGCCACUCAGCUUCUACUCACCAUCCCCACAUCCCCCACUGUGUAACCUCUGGGAACUUAAAUUACUGCAGCUCCGUUUCCCCACACAAGACCUUCCCAAGCUGCCUCCUCCGCAGGCCGCUGCUGACCAGCCCUCCACCAGAAGGACUUCAGAGCCAUCUGAGAGCUUUCCCUAGAACACCUGCUUUUCAAGGCUCUUUUCUUAGCCUCAUACUCUGCUCCAGCCAGCUGCCUCAGAGACAUUCGUAAAGGGAGCAGCCUUGUAGACAACCAAAAACCAGGAGUGGUCCAUCCCCCACAUGCAAAGACCAUACAGCACCAAUAAACGUUGCAGGUUCAAAUCCC